AUGAUACCAAGCAGCCGAGUUUCUUCAAACCUUCAUUCUUCCAUUCUACCCCGUGUCAUCUCAUUGGUCAGAUCUGACAACAUCCCAAACGAAACCACCAGCGUGGCUAUGGUUCCUGAUGACCUUUACGAGGCCAACCAAAUCCCUGUCUUGAACCGAAGAUCUGGUUUUGACCCCUGCGAUAUUGUGACGUCAGAUCUUAAAUUCAUCAUUCCUGUCGCCUCUGCAUGUGUAUAUAAAUGUAUGUGCAUCCGGAGAGCGCAGAUCAAUUUCUAUCAAUAUCGAAACAAACCAGCAAACCAGCAAACCAGCAAACGAGGAAAAACAGAAAACAAUAUGCCUAUCAACGAUAAAUCAGGAGUUUCGGGUGGUGUUACCUGGGUUACUAGUACUGUUGGCAAUGGUGUGUCAGGCGUCACAAACACAGUAGGAGGUGUUGUUGGAGCUGUUGGACGAGGAUUGGGAGAAACUGUAAAUGAAGUUACCGGAAAUGCAGGUAAACCAGUAGGCGAUGGUAUCAAGGAUAUUGGAGAAGGCAUUGAAGGUGGAGCAGCACGUGUAGCGAAGGGUGUCAAGAAUGCGGGGGAGGGUCAGCAUGGGCCUUUGAGAUGA